GAUUGUAUGAUUAUUGUUUAUCGCAGUUGAUUGUUAGCGAUUUCGUGUUUAAAUUUAAAAAUUCACUAACACCAAAGCAGUUUACCACGCAUUAACAAACCAACAAACAAAAGCACCUUCACAGUUCUCUAGAUUUAAAGAAAGCGAAUUAUGGCGCGCCUUAGCGUCGACGGCCAGAAAGCUAUGGAGCUACAGCAGUGUUCUCCGUACCGGUUCGGCAAAAGUCCCCAUGCGGAGUUAUGUAUUGAUAAUGAAAAAUUGGAACAUAUACACGGCUUUGUGCUCUGGUCACAUACUGGCGACGUGCAUUUAUUAAGUGGUGCCGGCAAAAUAUUUUUUAAUGGCAAGGAAGUAUUUGGGCUGAAAAUCGACCGAAGCCAAGCUAAUGAAUUUGGGUUUGUAGAGCUGCGAUUUGGUGAGGUUGAGGCAAAAUUACACUUUGAAGGUGUUGGAAAUGAUGAGAAGGCCCAAGAUAGCAGUGGCUAUGAAGAUGGAAAAGAAAAGUCCACCAACACCACAGUUGAUAGUUUUAUUAUUCCCGAGACUCAGGCGCCGCUGGUCAACACUACAGCCGAAGGAGACAGUUUCGUCAUACCCGAAACUCAAGCACAACAGACAUCUGCUGGUGAACUGUAUAUUCCUGAAACCCAGGAUAUGCUUGGUGAUUGCAGCAUAAAGUUUGCUAGCCAGCAACAGAGCAAGAAAGAUAAAAUAACAGAUGAAUUGUGCGAGCCCACUCGUGAUGAAGCGGAAUCAGAAUUUGGCUCACAGUUUCGUAUUAAUACACAGGAGUUUAACGAAGAUGAUUCCACAUGUGAUUCAAAUGCAUCAGUAAUAAUAGACGAUAUCAUGUUGGCAUUCCACAGCUCAAACAAAAAACAGGCUGCGGAGCCCACCGACGCUUCUGACCUUGAAAUGAGUGCCUUAAAUUGGUCGACUUCUAAUUCAAAAUGCACUGUAUUCAAUAGCACUAAGCGCCUAACAGACUGCAGGAAAGUCGAGGGCCAACUGCCAUCGGAUUCUUUGAAUUUGACAACGGCAAAUGAAAAUGAGUCAGACGGUGAAAAUGGUCGUGAAACGUGCACUCCAGAUCUAUUUGAUAUAAUUGGCAACAUUGAGGAAAAUCAGCGACUAGAAACCUGUACACCUGACCUGUUCAAUGCACCGCCAUAUAUGCCAAUAAGUGCAGUUUUUGCCGAAAACCCAGAGGUUUCACAAUCGUCAAGUGGCAAGGAGAAUAAUCAACCUCAAUUGAAAACUACUUCGGAUAUAAUAGCUCAGGGUGUUCAGAAAGCAGCUUCUCUAAAAAAUGCAAGCACUUCAAUCUCAAUGGGGGAGACUCAAAUUCAGGAUUUUAUUGCCACACAACCGUUUUAUCGAGCAAAAACAUUGUCGUUGAGUGGAACGGUUGGUAUAGAAAACACAACUGUUGCAGGCAUUAGGCAGCAAUUUUCCUCUCAAGAUCCUGUCAAUAUAUCCAAAGAAAUAAUCGAUAAAUCUUCACAGUUAGUAGAAUCGUCAGCUAUCAGAAAACAGAAAAUUGCUCAAAAAGAAAAGUCAUUCGUUGCAGUCAGCCAGUCAUCGUCUUGUCAAAGUCCUGACAAUACAUCCAGCUUCAUUAAAAACUCCUCACAGUUAGCAGAAACGUCAGCUAUCGAAAAGCAGAAAUUUUCUCAAAAAGAAAAGUCAUUCAUUGCAAGUAGGCAGCAAUCGUCCUGUCAAAAUCCUGAAAAUAUAUCCAUCUUCAUUGAGAAUUCGACACAGUUAGCAGAAACGUCAGCUAUAGCAAAGCAAAAAAUUUCUCAGACAAAAAUUGUUGAAGAUUUUAUAGCAACUCAACGUUUUCCUUCAUCCGUAUCCAUGGCUGACACAACCGAUAAAAAAAAGAUCCAACGCAAAGAGCAGACUAGUCUUCAAGAAAGUUUGCACAAUGAAGCGAACCCUUUACAGGUUGUAAGUGAUAGGGGAAGGGAAAGCAUGUUAUGUGAGCACCCACAGUUGGAAAAUUCGCAGGAUUUCAUAGCCACCCAGUGCUUUAGAAAACAAAACUAUUUACCAAAUGUUCAAGAAACUAGCUCUUCAGGUGGAGCAUCAAAUAUUCAAGACUUUAUAGCUACGCAACCAUUCCAUUGCGUCAGACCCUUAACUGUAAGGCCUCAAAUUCAUAGUUCUGCCGGAACCGAUGUCGAUGAAGAUAUGUUAGAGACUCAGAUUUUUGUGAAGCCCAAGUUUGCAGUAAAAUCUAACAUUGUUAUUCAUGAUCCCUUGCCGGACUCUCCAGCAAAUUCACUUGACGUAGAUGAUGACAUCGACAAGGUACUAAAGAUGUUAUUGACUUCUGAUACGUCUACCUUGUCUUUGGACUAUUGUGAUUCUAAAAACAUAAUAGAUAAACAUAACAGCUCUAUAUGUAAAUCUAACCAAAACAAAGCCGAUUCAGAACAAAGAUCUGGUAAAAUGCUCCUAAUAACAUCAGAUUCCGUUGAAUCUGAGGAUGAAUCCAAUCCUUUUUUAUCUCACGAAUAUUUUGCGAAUGCUCUCUAUGGAGAUGCCGUCUUUCCGUUAGUAAACUUAAAUGACCAACAGCACACACCUAUUGUUGAGAAAUCAGUGGUAACCGAAAGCAAAAAAGAUCCUAAAACUGAUUCUUUAUUCCAAGGCCCAUCCACAUCUAAAGGAAUUGAACUAAAACAGAACUUAGACUCUAAACAAACUACGGCAAGCAACGAAAGAAAACGGUCGGCCCCAACUGCUAAAGAAUCGGAAAUUCCCCAGAAACCACCAAAAAUAUGGGGUAGACCAAAGAAAAAAGUGAUUGAAAGGUCAGAAUCUGCUCCACCUACGGCGAAACCAACCGAGGGCACAGUCUUGGAUACCUCCUCGGACACAAUUAAAAAUAAUUUAAGGAGGCGGCCCAAUUCUGCGAUAGCACUGGCAAAACCCUACGGGGAUGCAGUUUUGGUAACUUCUUCGGAUACAAUGAAUGAUAAGAGGACCCACGCAAGGACCAGAUCUGAAUUUGCGGCACCCGUCGUGAAACCAUCAAAAGCUACAGUUCCAGAAGCCUUCGAUAAAAAAAAUCUACAGAAGGAACCUUACCUGAAGAAGGGAUCCCAAUCUGCGACAGCAGCUAAAAACCCACCUGAUGUGGCUAUUUUGGAAACUUCUAAUACCGGCAAUGAUCAAAAGGGAUUUGAUGCAAAAAGCAGACCUGAAGCUAUGUCAGCAGCGGCCCAAUCAUCCGAGAGCGCAGCACUGGAAGCCUCGGACGUAGAAAAUAAUAAGAGACCUGUCGAAAGGAGACGAUCUCAUGGAAAGAUAAAGAAAGUGAGAAAUAGUACUUUUGCAAUAAGAAGAGUAUCACGGAGUAGAAGAUUAACGCGAAGAAAAAGCAGAUCUGCGAAAACAAAAAAUUACAAUUCACGUUCAAGAACUGUUCGUGGAAAUAUUUCCAAUUCAAACGAAAGUGUUGAACCUCUUAGGGAGCAAGAUUCGAACGUGGAUCAGGAAAUUGUGCAAAACCCAACAAUAAAGCGUAAACCUGGACGGCCACCAAAGAGUAAAACUAAGAAAACUACCCAAAUCCCUCAUAUUCAAGACCCCCGAACUGUUUUGAUGAACUCAGAUCAAAUAACCAUUACACCAGUAAAGCAGGAGUUAAGCCAAUACUCUAGAUCUACUUCAAGAACCUGUACACCUGACUUGUUCGAUGCACCGCCAUUUAUGCCAAUAAGUGCAGAGGUUUCAGUGGUUUCACAAUCGUCAAGUGGCAAGGAGAAUAAUCAACCUCAAUUGAAAACUCCUUCGGAUAUAAUAGCUCAGGGUGUUCAGAAAGCAGCUUCUCUAAAAAAUGCAAGCACUUCAAUCUCAAUCGGGGAGACUCAAAUUCAGGAUUUUAUUGCCACACAACCGUUUUAUCGGGCAAAAACAUUGUCGUUGAGUGGAACGGUUGGUAUAGAAAACACAACUGUUGCAGGCAUUAGGCAGCAAUUUUCCUCUCAAGAUCCUGUCAAUACAUCCAAAGAAAUCAUCGGUAACUCUUCACAGUUAGUAGAACCGUCUGCUAUCGGAAUGCAGAAAAUUUCUCAAAAAGAAAAGUCAUGCAUUGUCAUUCAUCCUGUCAAUACAUCCAACUUCAUUAAAAAUUCGUCACAGUUAGCAGAAACGUCAUCUAUCGGAAAGCAAAAAAUUCCUCAGACAAAAAUUGUUGAUGGUUUUAUAGCAACUCAAUGUUUUCCCUCAUCCGUAUCCAUGGCUGACACAACCGAUAAAGAAAAGAUCCAACGCAAAGAGCAGACUAGUCUUCAAGAAAGUUUGCACAAUGAAGCGAACCCUUUACAGGUUGUAAGUGAUAGGGGAAGGGAAAGCAUGUUAUGUGAGCACCCACAGUUGGAAAAUUCGCAGGAUUUCAUAGCCACCCAGUGCUUUAGAAAACAAAACUAUUUACCAAAUGUUCAAGAAACUAGCUCUUCAGGUGGAGUAUCAAAUAUUCAAGACUUUAUAGCUACGCAACCAUUCCAUUGCGUCAGACCCUUAACUGUAAGGCCUCAAAUUUAUAGUUCUGCCGGAACCGAUGUCGAUGAAGAUAUGUUAGAGACUCAGAUUUUUCUGAAGCCCAAGGUUGCAGUUAAAUCUAACAUUGUUAUUCAUGAUCCCUUGCCGGACUCUCCAGCAAAUUCUCUUGACGUAAAUGAUGACAUCGACAAGGUAUUAAAGAUGUUAUUGACUUCUGAUACGUCUACCUUGUCUUUGGACUAUUGUGAUUCUAAAAAAAUAAUAGAUAAAAAACAUAACAGCUCUAUAUAUAAAUAUAACCAAAACAAAGCCGAUUCAGAACAAAGAUCUGGUAAAAUGCCCCAAAUAACAUCAGGUUCCGCGGAAUCUGUACUAAAAUAUGAGCGUGAUCCCAAUCCUUUUAUAUCUCUCGAAUAUUUUCCGAAUGGUCUCUAUGGAGAUGUGGUAACAGUGGUAACAGAGGAUUCUUUAUUCCAGGGCCCAUCCACAUCUAAAGGAAUUGAACUAAAACAGAACUUAGAGUCUAAACAAACUACGGCAAGCAACGAAAGAAAACGGUCGGCCCCAACUGCUAAAGAAUCGGAAAUUGUUUCACAGCUCCAGGAACCACCAAAAAAAAGGGGUAGACCAAAGAAAAGGCAAUUUGAAGGGUCAGAAUCUGCUCCACCUACGGCGAAACCAACCGAGGGCACAGUCUUGGAUACCUCCUCGGACACAAUUAAAAAUAAUUUAAGGAGGCGGCCCAAUUCUGCGAUAGCACUGGCAAAACCCUCCGGGGAUGCAGUUUUGGUAACUUCUUCGGGUACAAUAAAUGAUAAGAGGACCCACGCAAUGACCAGAUCGGAAUUUGCGGCACCCGUCGUGAAACCAUCAAAAGCUACAGUUCCUGAAGCCUUCGAUAAAAAAACUAUACAGAAGGAACCUUACCUGAAGAAGGGAUCCCAAUCUGCGACAGCAGCUAAAAACCCACCUGAUGUGGCUAUUUUGGAAACUUCUAAUACCGGCAAUGAUCAAAAGGGAUUUGAUGCAAAGAGCAGACCUGAAGCUAUGUCAGCAGCGGCCCAACCAUCCGAGAGCGCAGCACUGGAAGCCUCGGACGUAGAAAAUAAUAAGAGACCUGUCGAAAAGAGACGAUCUCAUGGAAAGAUAAAGAAAGUGAGAAAUAGUGAUUCGUCCUCCGAAGAAUCAACGACAAAAAGAGCUAGACAAAGCCGGGAGGUAACAAAGAAGUCUACGACACCAGUAGCGAGGUCCAAUAAAAACUCUGAAGAAAGAAGUGAGAAAGGCGAUGCACUUGAUAGGGUUAAAGAAAAGGCAGAAAAUGUUUCCAUGUCCACUAAAUCAACCAAUAUUAGUGGUGAAAAGCUGACUAAAACUAAGCAGGAAGGAAGAUCUAAAAAACCUAAAACGUCGAAAACGGCAGAGGAAACAGGAUCGCAAAACAUGGAAAAGACAAAAUUUAAAAAAGAUAGUAUGUCUCGGUUGAAGCACGCUAAGAAUGAGAAGCCAGAUUCUGCAUCGCAUCUCAAAAGUGAUGAUGUUGAGAAAAGCGGGAAAAUGGCGUCCACAAAGGCGAUGAACGUACGGGAACGUACGGAAAACGCAGAUGAGAAAAAAGGUGAUAGAAAAGAUAUUCCGGAAAUGCAGAAUACCACUUCUGCCCCAUCCAACCUGCGUUCUACGCGCUUGAGGACAAACGAUAAUUCGCAAACAAUAAAGGAAAGCGCGAUGGAAGCAGAACUAGUUUCGAGCUCGAAAUAUUCGCAAUCCAAGCGUUUGGAGAGGGAGAAAGACAAACAGGAUGCAGAACCAAAGACAAAUUCUACUCAAACGCGAUCGAAGCAACACGAAUCGAUUAGACAAAAAGUGAAGUCAGCAGAGGCAGUGCCAUCAAAACCGGGGACGGCCAAUUCUACUACGACGCGUCGUAGACCCUUACCUGCAGCUAGUAAGGAUCAGGACGAACCACCUUCAAAACUUCGUGCGAGAAAACUGGAACCCAUCAAGACAGAGCCUGAGGAAUCAAACAGAACGCGUUGUCAGGAUAGUUCUGCAGGGCCGGUACAAGCCAUCAACAAAUAUGUGCAAAAAAUUCGAAGCUCAGGUCGGAAAAUAAAAAUCGCAUUAUCCAUGUGUGAUCUCUUAGAUCUAAGCAGUUGCCUAUCGGCAGUUAAAAGUGUGGUGGAAGUUCCAACAAAUCCUCUGCAUUCCGAUAUUACAAUCAUGGAUAAAGGCGAGCGCACCUAUAAAUUUCUUUUAACGGUGGCAGCCAACAAACCAAUUCUCAAUUCCACAUGGCUGCAUGCGAUAAAUAAGACACGCCUUACAACAGUGGAAUCACAUCACAUAUUUAGCGAUAAAAAUUUUGAACGUAAGUUUAAGUUCUGUCCAUUAAGAAUAAUGGAAAAGCCGGGACUUUUUGCUGGCUAUCACUUUUUGUUAGGCGAUGGCAUAAACCCAAAUGUCACUGAAAUGAAAGCCAUCAUAAAAAACGCUGCCGGUGUCGUCCACAGCACUGCAUCCCAAGUAUCGAACGAUAUGAAGCUCUAUGUUGUUGUUGCAUCUAUUGAUGAGCGCUCCACACAUCUGUCCACUCAUAAAAACGUUAAAGUCAUCAAAACCGAGGGCAUUAUGCAAGCGCUUGUGUGCCAAGAUGUAGAGAAACUGGAUCGCCAUCAAUGGCGUUGAUUGUUAACGCAAACUAGUGAUCAUGGUCAUCAUCAAUGUACUUUUUGACUAUUUUUUUCCUUGUUACUUAUUAAUUAUUACAUAUUACAUACUUUUUGUAACUAGUUAUAUGAAAUUGUUGAAUAAACUACAAACAUAAAGAUAA